UGAAACACCUAUAUUAGUAUAUUCUACUCUAGAGCAUCCUAAUUGAGUAUGCAAUUUCAUUUGUUUUAAGUUUAUUACAAAUAUAGUUAGAGUAAACAUAUGAUUAAGUCAACUUUUCAGCAAAAAAAAGUCACCAACUUUCGCCAUUUAAUUGAAGUGUCAUCAAAGGGGCUCUUACUCUUUUGAACAGUAAAAAAACUGAUGGAAUUACACAAAGUUCCAACAUCAAAGUAAUACUUUUUUUAUUGUGUUGUGUUUGGUGACGUGAUGAUGUGAAGGGGUAUAUUCUGUGAACAUUGAUGCGGAACAAGGGCUUGCAACGGUGGUGGGUGAAGUGGAACCAAACGCUUUGUUAAGAGCACUAUCAAAAUCAGGAGAACAUGCAGAGUUGGUCCGGGUAACCUUAAAGGAUCCCAGAAUGAACAGAUAUUCCAACAAUGAACCAUCAUAUGCUUAUUCUUCUCCUUAUAAUAAGUCAUAUGACAAUGGCAACUACAACAAUUAUGGUUACACUGCAAUUGGGGACUCCAACAUUAGAGCAUCUUCGAAAUACCAAACGGACACAAGGGGAUUGCCGGGAUAUAAUUAUAGUCAAGAAGCCAACAAUUACGGGGGAAAUUAUUUGCCGCCGGCCCAAUAUGUGCCGUCAUAUCCGAUGCAGCAGGUCGUUGAGUAUGAAGAUGCAAAUGCUUCAGUUCCUCUUUGCUCCAUAAUGUGAUUUAUUUGUUCAAUCUGUUUGUUGAUUAAUUUCUAGUAUAGUUGAAAUGGAUGGUAAAAUUAUGCUGUAAGAAUGUCAUUUUCUGCUUUCUGCUUUGAUCAACUUUUAAACCUGAUCAAAGACGAGCAUUUAACUAUCAUCAUGUUGUUAGUUGCAAAGACGAAUAAGAUCAUUUCACUAUUUUGUGGUGUUAGUUUUGUUUUGAUUCUUUUGAACUUAUAGUAAUGUGUACUUAAAGAUAUUAAAGCCCCGAUAUAGAUUGCAGUAUAGAUAU